AUGCAGAAGCUCAUCGUCGCCCUCGCGCUCUCCGGCGCCGCGGCGUUCGUCGCGCCGUCGGUGCAGCGCGCCUCGCUCCGGGUCAGCGCCGAGGAGGAGACGGCCGCGCCCGAGCCCGCGGCCGCGCCGGCGCCGGCCGCGCCCGCGAAGAAGACGGGCACCAGCAACCGCAAGGACACGAUCACCCCCUCCAAGUCCGCGGGCGGCCUCGACCUCGCGGGCCUCCAGCAGUGCACGAUUCAAAUUUCGCGACCUGCACGCCAUCGACGCGACGCCUAUUCACUGGUCGAUUUUCGCGUAGGCCUCCAGGCGCUCGCCUACGAGCAGAACCCCAUCGUCGGCUACUUCGACCCCCUCGAGCUCUCGCUCAAGGAGUUCUUCGACGAGUCGAACACGGCGACCAUCGGCUUCCUGCGCCAGGCCGAGCUCAAGCACGGCCGCGUCGCGAUGGCCGGCUUCGUCGGCUACCUCGUGCACGCGCAGGGCAUCACGUGCGCCGCCGCGCCGCGCUCGACGAUUUGAGAGCGGGUCGCGGCGACGGCGUCGACCGCUUCGUUCACACAGGUGGCCCUUCAAGAUGACGCUCGACGGCGACGCCUGGCCGACGCUCGGCGAGGGCGGCGUGCCGGCGCUCUGGGACCAGAUCCCGGAGGGCGCCAAGUGGCAGAUCAUCACCGCCAUCGGCUGCCUCGAGUGGUACGACGAGUGGCAGUACGACAACCCGGCGGCGCAGAUGCCCGCCAUGGCGGACAAGCCCAAGCACUACAUGCGCGGCGGCCAGCCGGGCGCCUACCCGUGUGGAAUUCAAGCAGACACGCAGUCAUGGAGUGAGGCGCCCGACAUUCGAUUUCCACACAGGCGCCUACCCGCGCUUCGACGGCCUCCCGCUCAACCUCUACGACCCCUUCAACCUCUUCAAGAAGGCGUCGGAGGAGAAGAAGGCGCGCGGCCGCAACGCCGAGGUGAACAACGGCCGCCUGGCCAUGAUUGGGCUCUUUUCACUCCUCGCGGAGUCGAAGGUCCCGGGCAGAGCAUAAAUCAAAUUGUCGCGACGCGUCCUCGAUUCGGUCAGAAACUCACUGGUUGAUUUAUGCACAGGUCCCGGGCUCCGUGCCGUUCCUCGACCAGUUCGACUUCCCCGCCUACGCGGGCAACGUCAUGGUCCCGUUCGAGGGCCAGUUCUCGCUCCUCGGCUAG